AUGAGGGGGCUCCUCCGGACCGGCCGGGCUCAUCGGUGCGUGUGUGUUCCCGCAGUGAAGUACCUGAACGCCUACACCGGGACCGUGCUGCUGCGGUGUCGCAAGGACGCCUACAGACUGCUCUGCUCCGCGCUGCCCUUUGUCAGGCAGCUGGAGAGCCGUGGCCAGGGCUACCCCUGCGCCCUCAACACUCUGCACGUCGGAGGUACCAUAAGAACAUGUCAGAAAUUCCUCAUUCAAUAUAAUAGAAGACAGCUGCUGAUGUUGUUGCAAAACUGUACCAAUGAAGGGGAAAGACAGUGUAUACAGAAGUCAUGGUUGAGCUGUUCCGUUGCAGAAGAGCAGUCUCUCAGUGGAGAUGAGGAAGAUGAUGAUGGCACAGAAACAGACUGA